GGAGCCCCGUCGAUACCUGUCCUGUUGGAGCCGUCUGUUGUCUCUCUGAUCAGAUUAGAAGCGUCAAAGCUUUCCAGCAGCGAGAGCUGAGGCGGCCGGGUAGACGGACGGAGCGUCACACCGCCGCAUCUCGCUCAUUCAUCGGCGGCGGGGACGUUCGCCCCCCGCCCCUCAGACCUCCCACAUUUUGCCAAUGGAUACCUGCAGGGCGCACGCCAGGGUGUUCCUGGUCGUGCUCCUCCUGAGCACCGCUCGGGCUUCUCAGUUCCCCUCCCAGCUCUUGAUUAAAGAAUGGGUUGAUCAGAUGCAGAAAGAGCUCGUCACUUUGGCUGACACAGCCACUGCCGGAAUGAGCCUCACCCAGAUUUUCCAAAGAAACAACCACCUCUACAGCGUGGAGCAAAAUGACGCCGAGGAGCUGGUGGCCAGAGCGGCCAGGAACAUUGAACAGCUGCUCCGCAAGAGGUCUACAGCCUUGGAGAAACUGGCUACAGCUGCCGAGAAACUCCAGAUGAAACAUCAGUGGAAAGACGAGUAUGAAGAUGAUGAAAUUGCCUACUACAACUCCAAGGACAAUCUCGAUGCGAACGAGACAGAGGGACGCAAAUACCGACUCCGGCCGGACUUUAAGGAGGAUUCGUCGUUCAGACGUCUCACGGACCACGGCCACACAGCCGUGCACAUCCCCACCGACAUCUACGAUGGCUCCACUAUUGUGCUAAACGAGCUGAACUGGACUGAGGAACUGGAAGAUGUGUUUAAGAAAAACAGAGAGGAUGAUCCUACGCUUCUUUGGCAGGUGUUUGGAAGCGCUACUGGUCUCGCACGCUACUACCCAGCGUCUCCUUGGAUGGAUGCCCGCAAGACGCCGAGUAAAAUUGACCUGUAUGAUGUACGCAGGAGACCGUGGUACAUUCAAGGAGCCGCUUCGCCCAAAGACAUGCUCAUCCUCGUGGACGCGAGCGGCAGUGUUUCCGGCCUGACGCUCAAACUGAUCCGGACGUCCGUCAGCGAGAUGCUGGAGACGCUGUCCGAUGACGACUACGUCAACGUUGUUUAUUUUAACACCAUGGUGAAGAAGACGGCGUGCUUCGAGCAUCUGGUUCAAGCCAACGUGAGGAACAAGAAGCUGCUAAAGGAUGCCGUGCAGAAUAUCACGGCCAAGGGCAUCACUAACUACACCAAGGGAUUCGAAUUUGCAUUUCAGCAACUCGCAGCGACAAACAUAAGCAGAGCAAACUGCAACAAGAUCAUCAUGCUGUUCACUGAUGGAGGAGAAGAACGAGCGCGAGCGAUACUGGAGAAAUACAACGCCGACAAAAAAGUGCGCAUCUUCACCUUUUCUGUGGGCCAGCACAACUAUGAUAAAGGACCGAUUCAGUGGAUGGCUUGUUCCAACAAAGGUUACUUCUAUGAGAUCCCCUCCAUCGGAGCCAUAAGAAUAAACACGCAGGAGUAUCUGGAUGUUCUGGGUAGACCAAUGGUUCUGGCAGACAAGCAGGCCAAACAAGUGCAGUGGACCAACGUGUACCUGGAUGCAUUGGAACUAGGUCUGGUCAUUACUGGGACCCUUCCCGUCUUCAAUAAGACCAAAACCAAAGAUGACCGUAAUGGCGAGCAUCAAAAUCAGCUUAUACUCGGUGUGAUGGGCAUCGACGUAUCGCUGAAUGACAUCAAGAAGCUCACGCCGCGUUUUACAAUUGGGCCGAACGGAUACUACUUUGCCAUUGAUCCCAACGGAUAUGUCCUGUUGCAUCCUAAUCUUCAGCCAAAGAAUCCUAAAUUCCAGGAGCCGGUCACUCUUGACUUCCUGGACGCUGAGCUGGAAAAUGACAUUAAAGUGGAGAUCAGGAGAAUGAUGAUCGAUGGCGAGACGGGUGAGCGCACGAUUAAGACUCUGGUGAAAACUCAGGAUGAGAGAUACAUUGAUCGAGGAGAAAGAACAUACACUUGGGCACCAGUCAAUGGAACAGAUUACAGUCUGGCUCUGGUUCUGCCCAAAUACAGCGAGCACUUCAUUCAAGCCAAACUGGGCGACGACAUCAAGCAAGCAAUGUUUAUGGAAACCCUCCAACUGGAGAACUUCGACAACUACGGCCACACUUUCAUCGCUCCACGGGAAUACUGCAAAGAGUUGACGUUGUCGCUCAACAACACCCAGUUUCUCCUCGAUUUCAACCAGUACAUUGAUAGGAACACUCCAGAUGCAUGCAAUGUGUCCCUUGUGAGUCGACUCAUCCUGGAUGCCGGCCUGACAGCUGAGCUGGUUGACUUGUGGAAAGAGCAGAAAGUGAACGGGACGCUGGCCAGGUUUGUAGCCACAGAUGGAGGAAUUACAAGAGUCUUCCCAAAAAGUGCCGGAGAAGAGUGGACGGAGAACCCCGAGACGUACGAAUCCAGCUUCUACAAGCGAUCCCUCGACAACGACGUGUACAUUUUCACCGCUCCGCCUUUUGCGACGGCGGCAGAAGGCCGAGAGAGCCCGUCUGAAUCUGGUAUCCUCGUCAGCAAAGCCGUGGAGCUCAUCGUCAAUGAAGUCACGCUUAAACCGGCAGUAGUGGGAGUAAAGCUCAACGUCUCAUUUUGGAUGAACAGUUUCAUGAAUGCCACACUAAAGGAGAAUUGCAAGGAUGAGAUUUGUGGCUGUUUGAGGAAUGACAAGCAUGUGGACUGUGUGAUCCUGGAUGAUGGCGGCUUUUUGCUCCUGUCCAAUCAGGACGAUUACAUUAGCUUGAUAGGUCAAUUCUUUGGUGAGGUGGAUCCAGUGUUGAUGAUAAACCUCGUCAACACCUCUUUGUACUCCUUCAACAAGACCUAUGACUACCAGUCGGUUUGUGACCCGGAGAAGGACAGCAAAGCUGCAUCGGGGCCUCGCUCUGUCUAUGUGCCAACUAUAGCAGAUUUUCUCAGUGUUAGUUGGUGGGCCUCCACAGCUGCCUGGUCCAUACUACAGCAGCUCUUCUAUGGCCUACUUUUCCCAAACCUUCUGGAGGCAGCGGAGCCACCUGAUGAAGAGAUUUCCGACGCAAUGUUUAAAGAAAGCUGCAUUACGGAGCAGACGCAGUACUUCUUUGACAAUGAUGAAAAAUCCUACUCGGGGGUCCUGGACUGUGGAAACUGUUCGAGGAUGUAUCGAGCGGAGAAGCUGCCAAACACCAACCUGGUGUUCCUGAUCACCGACGCCAGGGCCACGUGUUUGUCAUGUGACCCCAGACCGCUGCGACAGGCCGAACAACCCUCUGAAGGUCCCGAUCCGUGCGAGCUGGCCCAGAACCCGAGGUACCGCAAAGGUCCGGACGUGUGCUUCGACAACAACGAAAACGAUGAACCCUUGUGUCCAAUCAGCCGAGGGUCCUUACUGAGCUCUUCAUCCCUCUUGUUUCUGCUGCUGCUGAGUUUUUUGGGAAGACGACUCUGAUUGCGGCGGUGCGACCGCCCUAAACCCAAGCCUCGCUGCGACGCUGGUUCUCCAGCUUCUUCUCCAACUGUGGCUCGGAAUGCCUUCACGAAGCUCGUGACACCUGCAAACCUAACUAAGUGGCUAGAAGGACUCUGAAUGUAUGUAAAGGAAACGAGGCCGCAGUGCCGCACUUCACAAGGCGGCGGUCUUAUGUCACACAAGGUGGCCGGACGACGCCAUCCGCGAUGACCCGCAGAUGAAUCACGAACGCUGUGUUAUUUUGUUCCCCACGCAUUCUUCUUUUUCCGAUGCCAAAGGUUUGUCGCUCCUUUCCUUUUCAACGAUAACCCUGCUCAGCUGCGCUCACGUUCAAGCUGUACCCCAAAUAUUUGCGCGGGAUGCAAGGGUAAGCGCGAACCAAACCCUUUAAAUUCUGUUUCGUUUUAAAAGACCGUGUGCUCACUGACAGCGUUGAUUUGUGUAGGUGUUGCGAUUGUUUGUAUUAAUUGCGUAUCAAGGGCGAGUAACCUCCCACUCCUCCAUUUUUUGUUGUUGUUGAGUAUUUAAAAAUGUACUGUACCUGCUCAACUGGCAUAACGCAACCAGCUCAGUGUUGUAUUGUCGCGCCGUGUACUCCAUAUCAAGCAAAAUAUCAACAUACAUUAGUCAUCUGAGCCCCACAUUUAUUUAAACAUUGAUGCUGCUAAUUCACUUUGACUAACUUGUUAGCAUAAAUCAUUAUAUUAACUCAAUGCCAGCCAAUGACUCAAUGACAGACGGUUAACAUUUGAUCUUGCCGGACAGAUGCUUACUUCAAAGCGCCGCAUGCAUCAAUCAUCGUUUAACAAUUGCUGUGGCAACUCAUUGUGUUUAAGUGAGCAACUUAGGCGGAUUUGAGUGGGCUCACUCAAUGAAGAAUUUAAUAAUGAGAAGCACUUUUGUACUUGUUUAAAAAAAUUCAGUGGGACAGUAACAUGUUUAAAACAUAAUUAUUACAUUUGAAGUGCUUAAAAAAACAUUUAUUAAAAUAUGUAUGGCGGAAAACACUCAGGUGACUUGAAGUUCUGCUCUGAGACCCCCAAUUUGGCCAAAAUUCAAAAUUGUCCGAUAUGCAUGUGUGAUACAUUAUUGGAAAGCUUGAAAUCUCAAUUUUCUGGGAAAAUAAAAAUGUUGAACAUUUAAAAAAAUAAAAUUAAAAAAAUUAAACAGCAAAACCCUAACUGGAGGUGAAGCAUGAGAGAGCACAAUUAAAGACGUCAUGAUUUUAACAAGAUAUUGUCGUGUACUUGUUUCGAUAAAAAAAUUCCAUGUAGCAUGUAUCACCGAGUGUCAAGACACGUGUGAAUGGCCACAGCCGGAUUUUGGGGGCAUUUUAUGGGUGAAACACGGUAAUAUAACAAGGGUCGCGAUGCAGAAAUCGCAGACAUCAAGGAGUGGUCAAGAUGUUCUUUUUCAUAUAUUUACCCCUUUUAAACUCUUUUGUUUGGAUCGAUUGUUUAUCAUCUAACAUAUUGGGGAAAAUGCGACAGUAACAAAAAAAUAAAUAAAAUUAAGCCAUAGUUAUGAGGUAGAUAUCCGUGACUUAUUUACAGACACCAUUUUUUUCAUUGUGAUGUAAUUUGUUUAAAAGUUUAAAAAAGUGAAUAAUUUUUAAGUCUUUUUUUUUUUUUCUUUAAACUAAAUAUUAGAGAUCAUUGAAUGAUUCUAAGCUAAAAAUGACAGACAUUUUCAAUAAUAAAUAUAAUUACCGUAUUGGCCCGAAUAUAAGACGGCCCUGAUUAUAAGACAACCCCCUCUUUUUCAAGACUUUUUGAACACCAAAUUAAUUUUUAUACAGAAAAUAAUUACAGUACAUCUGAAACAAAUUAUUAUAUCAAUAUAUUUGAGAGAAAAAGCAUGUUAUUUUGCCUCAUUCAAAUCUUAAUAUCUGAACAUUUAAUAAUGUAAACUAAAGUGCAAUCACAUUCGUAAAUGAAUGGCUUCUGGUUUUUGAAAUGUAAAUAAACCAAUCUAUUCUGAUAAAACAACAAAAUUGCAAUAACUACAUUAACUAUCAAACUGAAGUCUAAUUGUAGUCUUGAAACAAAUCUGAAUAAGAAAAAGCAUUGCAAUAAAAUAAUGCAAACUGGUUAAACUUGAGAGUAGCUGAGAUCUGUCCUGACAGAACACCACGUCAAUGAUAUCUGGCGCCAUCUAGCGGCGUGAAUGGGUAUAAUGUCCGUCAUUUCAAUGCAAAAACGUCUUAUAUUCGGGCCAAUAUGUUCCUGAGCUUAUUUUUAUGGCUGGGUUGAAACAAAAGCGCGACGUCUUUAAACGGGGGUUUCCAGGGUAAAAUGGACAAAUUAAAAACAGUUUGGGGGCCUAAUGUGCCAUGAAACUGCUAUGCCAGCAUACAGACAUAUUAUUCUAUCGAACACAUUUUUUGGCUCAAAAUACAGCAGUCUAUUUUAAAAAGGGGUGAAAGAGCAGAAACUGCUUUUUCAGUCUUGUCGGUGUUUUACGCCAUAUAUAUUCAAUUGGCAGUGUAUCAAAUUCUCCCCACUGUACAUAUAUAUAUAUAUAUAUAUAUAUAUAUAUAUAUAUAUAUAUAUAUAUAUAUAUAUAUAUAUAUAUAUAUAUAAUAUUAGGGCUGUCAAACGAUUACAAUUUUUAAUCAAGUUAAUUACAGCUUAAAAAAGAAUGAAUGAAUUAAUCAAUUAAUCACAAUUCAAACCAUCUAUAAAAUAUGCCCUAUUUUUCUGUAAAUUAUUGUUGGAAUGGAAAGAUAAGACACAAGAUGGAUAACAUACGGUACAUAAGUACUGUAUUUGUUUAUUACAAGAAUAAAUCAACAAGAUGGCAUUAAAAUUCUGUUAAAGCGAUCCAUGGAUAGAAAGACUUGUAGUUCUUAAAAGAUAAAUGUUAGAACAAGUUAUAGAAAUUUUAUAUUAAAACCCCUCUUAAUGUUUUCAUUUUAAUAAAAUGUUCAAUCAAAAAAUAAACUAGUAGCCCGCCAUUGUUGAUGUCAAUACACAAUGCUCAUGGGUGCUGAAGCCCAUAAAAUCAGUCACACCCAAGCGCCAGCAGAGAGCGACAAAACUCCAAAAAACACAAGUAACAAGUGGACAUUCCACUGUGCUGUCAUUUUAAUCUGUUUGAGCGGGACAUGUGCGUUGAUUGCAUCAAAUAUUUUAACGUGAUUAAUUUAAAAAAUUAAUUACCGCCCGUUAACGCGAUAAUUUUGACAGCCCUACUAAUAACCUGACUUUUAAUUAUUCAAUUGGUUUCAGAAAUGGCUCAUAUGAAAGCUAAGACCCUCCCAAAUAAUGUUGAAAGUAUAAAAAUUAAGGCUGUCAAACGAUUAAAAUUUUAAUCGAGUUAAUUACAGCUUAAAAAUUAAUUAAUCGCAAUUCAAACCAUCAAUAAAAUAUGCCAUAUUUUUCUGUAAAUUAUUGUUGGAAUGGAAAGAUAAGACACAAGACGUAUAUAUCCAUUCAACAUACGGUACAUAAGUACUGUAUUUGUUUAUUCUAACAAUAAAUCAACAAGAUGGCAUUAACAUUAUUAACAUUCUCUUAAAGCGAUCCAUGGAUAGAAAGACUUGUAGUUCUUAAAAGAUAAAUGUUAGUACAAGUUAAAGAAAUUUUAUAUUAAAACCCCUCUUAAUGUUUUCGUUUUAUUAAAAUUUGUAAAAUUUUCAAUCAAAAAAUAAACUAGUAGCUCGCCAUUGUUGAUGUCAAUAAUUACACCAUGCUCACUCAUUGUGCUUAAACCCAUAAAAUCAUUUGGACCCAAGCGCCAGCAGAGGGCGCCAAACGCCAAAAACAAGUAAGAAGCGAACAUUACACUGCUGUCAUAUUAAUCUGUUUGAGCGGGGCAUGUGCGUUAAUUGCAUCAAAUAUUUUAAGGUGAUUAAUUUUAAAAAUUAAUUAACGCGCAUUAACGCGAUAAUUUUGACAGCCCUAAUACAUAUAUGUUUUUUUAUUAUACUUUUGGGGAAAAAAAGUGAAAAAAACAUGGGUUAUACGUAUUUUUUAUUUUGUUUUUUUUUUGGGGGGGGUGGGCGCUAAUUCGCAGUUUUUCAUUUUUUGUGGCGGGGUCUGGUCCCCAUUAACCACGAAAAAUGAGGAAUCGCUGUACUACAAUUGGAUGUCAAAUGGGGACCGCAAAAUAAUGUUCCGUGGGCUGCAAAUAUAGACUUACAGUUUAUGAACUUUACAAAACAUUCUCGAAAAAAUAAUCUAAAAAAUAAAUCAUAAUAUUUUGCAUGAAAGAGUUGAAUCUUCAAUUGCGCAAUUUCUAAAGUUAUGGAUCUGUGUGAGUCUUUACAAUUGAUUGUUGAAUACAGUUUGACAAGAUUCAAUCAUUUAGUGUGGGAAAAAAAUGGUGACAGUGAGACUUUUUAAACUCUCAUUUAAUCUGGUUUCUGGUUAUUUUUCAUCUCCCCAUCACUCAACUCAGGAGCCAAGAUGACUUGUGAAUGAGCUCAAAAUCAAACAUCUCUUUGUUUUCCCUCCCUCCUCCUGCUUGUUUCCUCUAUGUUGUCGUUCUAUUCAAAGUGCUGUGAAGCAAACUUUUAAGGCCUGUGUGUCCAAACCGCUGCAACGUUCCCAAGGAUGAGCUUUUCUGUUUGUUGUGAUUUGAGCGCCUCCCGCGUUCAGCAUCCGGGCCUGCUGGAGAGAACCAGAUGACGGACUAUCAGCGAUCAUCCAGCAUUGCCUUACCUCGCCGUUUUUAAUCAGCGCUGCGGUCACCACGUGCAUGCCUUCUGAGGUUUCAGUUCUCUCCACCUUGCCUUCGUGUUGAGCUGCCGGUGCUACUACGUGUGCAAGUGAUGCCUGUUUAUCGACGUGUGUUUAACCCAGAAGUCGAGGGCGGGGCGGUCGUGUCUAUUUACGUGUAGGCAUGUUUAUGCCACGCCCUCUUCUCAAUGAUAUCUGAUUGUGCUUUAAUACUGUACAUUUAAUCUUUUGUGGAACUUGACUAUAGCCUGAAUACAUUUUUGUAUACAUUUGUACACAACUGACUGUAUAAAAGAGAAGAAUAACAAAGUUUGAAAAAUGUUUAUAAUAUGGUGUUGAUUAUUGUGCAAAUAUAUUCCCAAUAAAAGUUGUAUUGUU